UUUUGUUCGAGCGGAUCUUUGUGUAUUGGUGGCGAUUGCAACAAACAUGGGACAAAAAAAAAGCAGCCUUCGGGAGGAAGGCUACACGAUUGAAAGGGAAACAGAAAGUGGUGUUAUAGCCACAAAGGACGGUGUCAGAUUCUUUAUAAAAAAGAUCGAAAUUUCCACAAAUGCAGCAUCAAUCUCAAACAUGGAAACCCUCAAGACGACAAGUCAUCCUCAUGUGAUGAGCACCAAGGACUCUUUUGAACAUCAGAACACUUGCUAUGUAGUGAUGGACUACUGUGAGGGAGGGACCCUUGCAGAAAAAAUCAGAAGGAGGACUGACUCACCACAGGAGUUUGAGGUACUGAGCUGGAUUGUUGAAAUCUGUAUGGCGCUGAAAAGCAUUCAUGAGAAAGGCUUGCUUCACAAGAAUCUGACGCCACAGAACAUAUACCUGACAGAAUUUGGAACACUGUGCUUGGGUGGAUUGUGGAAAAUAGACAGAAAUUCAAACUUGAAUACUGAGACACAUGGAGUGAUUAAUUAUCUGGCACCGGAGGUCUUCACACAGUCAAGAUAUGACUCUAAAAGUGAAAUGUGGUCAGUGGGAUGCAUUCUCUAUGAGCUCUGUACUCAGAAACUAGCGUUCUCUGCAGGGACCACAGUUGAUCUCAUCUCCAAGAUUAGAUCUGGUGCUAACCCACAUCUCCAAGACAAGUGGUCAUCGGAGUUUCGUGAACUCUUCAGUGACAUGUUGAAUAGAGACCCUAACUCAAGACCUACAGCCUGGGAGAUUUUGGCACGCCCAAAUACCUUAAGAUUUCUCUUCAGAAAGAGCAAAACUACGACAGACCACCUUCAGACUCAGCUGUACAAGCUAAAGGCCGUGGCAGAUAAUCUGGAAAGUGUGCACCAGGGCGCCACCAUCGGCAGCCUGACAGGAGGAGUGAUCGGAGCCGUGGGAGGGAUUACCUCCAUAGUGGGCAUCGCUCUGGCCCCCUUCACCUUGGGAACCUCGCUUGUUGUCACUGCAAUAGGAGCUGGGGUGGGUGUGGCUGGUGGGGUCACUGCCGGUGUCUCAAAUAUCACAAACAUCGUCAACCAGUCCUCUGAUCGCAAAGCUGUUCAAAGCAUCAUUAAAGAGUUUAAUGAGAAAAUUAAUGCCGUAGCCCUCUGGCUCCAGGAGAUUAGCAACAGUUUACAGAUAAUCAGCAGAUGUUGCUCAUCUGACAUGCCGAACGAUGAGGACAGCAGUCUCAACGCAAGGUUUGGCACUAAGGUAGGAAAGAGCAUCAGUGAACUGCUUCAACUGCUUCGGGUGGUAAGCAUUGGCAGAAUCGCUGCACAGGCAUCCAGGGCAGUACGUGUGGCCGCAGCAGCAACCAGUGUGCUUUCUGCUCUGUUUGUGGCAGCAGAUAUCUUUUUUAUUGCAAUGGAUGCCAAAGAGAUACGUAACAUGAGGCAAACAGAGGCACGUUCUGAGAUCAUGAAAUUUGUCCAGUCUGUCAGGGACGCUUCAAAGGAGUUGCAGCAAGUUUUGGAUGAGUUCAAAAACAUAAUCUCAAUCAUCCCUUCUCUUGAGGAUGAGAGAGAGCUGCAGUGGCAAGACAUGGAAUGAAUGUAGACCGGAGGGUACAUUAAGCUACGCCUGCAGGUGUGGAUAUAUUGCACCUCAGCGUUUUCAGAAUUGCCUGAAAAUUCAUUCAUUCAGAAAAAGUCCGGUCUGUUUUCAGUCUGCUCAGUCUAACUACAGAUACCUGGGACUUUAUUCAGACAGAGGUCCAAAGCUUAAAUAUUAUUUUGACUAUGUCACAAAGAAAAUUAAGAAUUCACAGGCUAAUGUUCAGUUUUUCCACAACGUCAACAAAACGUGUCAUUACCAGACUCUUCCUGACUCAGAUCAACUAUGGUGAUACUACCUAUAGGUUUACCUCACCGCCCACUGUAAAUUGUCUUCUAUCAGAUCAACGGCUGGCAAAUCAACUUUUUUUGUAUCGUGGCUCUCUCAAGCUCAAACUCCAGACUCUUGUCUCUUUAAUCAGUUUUAAAUGCAGAAUUAAGGAAGUGGUCACUGCUGGUAGUUAGUGUGAUUUGAUAUUGCUGUCCUGUUUGUGUCCUUGAUGCUGCUAUUUGACUCUGCCUUGGCUAGGUCUCACUUGUACAGAUAUGUGAUAUAUAUCAUCAUGACAAUCUUUUUUUAUAUUUAAAAAAAAUACAUUAAAAAAUAAUACAGUGACAGCACUCAUUGAAGAAAUGCUGAAUGUUCAUUUUCAGGGUAAAAACUGUACUGAUGUUUUAUGAGGUUUCUUACUGACAGAUCUUAGAUUCAAUGAUUGCAAAUUAAACACCUUGUUGUAAUCUGGUAGUAGCUUCAUGGUUGCUGGCAAUCUGAAUAUGGAGUUUCUUGUUUUCUUACAUGAAUGUCAGACACAGUGAAAGCCCCUUUGAGUAGGAUUUGAAAAAGUCUUACUAACUUCUUAAUAACUUAAUAAUAACUUAACAACUUGUUAACUCGUUAUUGUCUUUUCUAGUUGUAUAAAGACACUGUGUCAGACCACAAUACAUGUGGCUGUACCCGCAGAUCUGACCCAGGGACCAUGAAAUGCAUCUCAUCUUUUAAACAGCAACUUAUGCCGUCAUAACAACUUGAAAGAUGAUUAGAUCAAGAUGAUUCAUUAGAUCACCGAGGGGCUUUAACUGCAUUCAAACAUGCCCACUAAUGAGUUAUAAAGCUGUUAUAGCGAGACCGUUGUGCAGACAUGAGGACAUGCUGCUGUCUCCUUAAACUGUAAACUUGUAAUUUCUAUGUGAAAACAUUUAUAACACUUGCCAAUAUUGUAUGUAUCUAUACUAUGAUGGAUAUUUGGGUCAUAUAUACUUUGAUAAGUUUGAUUACACACAUAUAUUCUGCUAAUAGUUACAUUACAUGAAUAUGCUUACAUUAAUGAUAGUUGGAUCCUGAUAUGUUGAU